CUGGCUGGCACACAGCCCUGGAGUGCCUUCCGCUGGUAGCUAGGGGACUAGAGCUGUGAUCGUUUUCUUUUUCUUUUCCUAUUUAUUUUGUUUUUAUGUGUGUAGUUCUAAAGAAAGAAAAAACGAAAUUCUUCUCGACCAGUCUCAUGUGAAACCAGCCACAUGAUCAAAACGAUGACUGGGCCACUGAGAUACCCGUUUGCAAUUUUAAUCGCAUUUCAUCUGGCCUGUGUCUUGGUACUAGCCUCCGAGGUUCCACACGACCUUGUAAGGCGCCAGGCCGAUGAAGUUGCGUCUCAGAUAGUCAGUUCCAACAGCAACCCAUCACAGAAUUCUCUGAACGGCGACCCCUCGAGCGACCCACAGAAAGUCGAAGUAAGGCCCUCAGACUGGAGGUUCCUGGAGCUGCUGCAGGUCAACAGCUCUGCGCCUCACAAUAUCAUUGAAGCAGAAAACAACCCCGAAGAAUGGCAUGCCUUGGCCUCCACGCUCCUUCACCAUUCUUUCGUUGCUGAUCAAAUUAUGCAGUAUCAACUUUCGCGCUUGCUUGGAGAUGGAGAGGCAGAGACCAACUCCUCGUACGUGCCUUAUUACCUCGACCAGUCGGCAAGGCUAGUGGCCGGUCUCAAUGAUUCGGCGCCUGACGAUUUGUUCCAGAGCAUGGGUAUGAUGGUAGUGGGACACCCUUGCUUGACCUCCAGCAACAAAGGUCACGUCUCUGCCCUGCUGGUGGCUCUACCCGAUGUCCCCUCACCCAUUGUUCAGAUAGACCAAAAGGUCACAGAUAAAGACGACCCGUUCUGCGAGACAGAGGAUCCCCCCAAUAGUCAGAAAGUGGAAGUUGAAUACCUAGGUGGAGUCUACGAUAAUACAGACGAACUGUCCAGCUUGAACAGUUCUUCGAUGUCGUACAUGAUGUUCCUCCUCACAGGCAGGAUCGACAAGAGGUCCUUGGCUGUUAGAGUGGAUCAGGACAUGACGGUGGUGAGGAACAUUACCGACGACUGCGAUGAAACAACGACCGAGAUGCCUACAACGACACCAACUGGGCCCAUAGAUCCGAUUCCAGAGGAGGAAGUCGACACCAUCGUGCAAGUGAUCGAGGACGUUGAUGGCCUUGACUGCAAUGAAACUGUGUCAGAGUAUUCCCAGAGUGUUAUCAUCGAAAAUAAAUAUGAAAUGGAUGAUUUCGAAAAAGCUCUGAGCAGGCUGCAGGAGAGCGAGGAUGGCCAUUGCGUGAUAGAAGCUGUUUAUUCACAAGACGCCAACAGCACAGCGAACGCAACUUGGUACUACAUGGAUCAGCAUGAUCUUGUCUGGACGGAAGUAGAGGAAGAAUACGAGACAGAUAUCCACAUUGGCCACGGGCUGGUGGUGAUUCUGCCUCUGAUCUCGAACAAUGGGUCUUUGAGUUACGUCAUCCUUACGAAGACUUAUAUCGACGAACCCGCGAGCCCCAUCGUACAGAUCCAGCAGGCGUUCAUAGACCACAGCGGAUGUGGCUGCGUGGAUGAAGAGGCCAGUGGAGACGGGACUAAUGUAACACACUAUGUUUCACAGCACUUCGAGCACAGAUAUAACUACAGCGACCUCGCACUUGACUUGGAUUCCAUGACCGAUUACAUCAGGAUGCUGGAGGCCGUCCCGCCCUUCGAGCGCCAGUACAUAGAUAUCAUUGCCUUCAAUGAAAUCGAGGGACCCGAUUGCAAUGAGACGACAACCACGAUGGAAACAACCAGCACUGUGGAAACAACCACGCCAGAGGAAACUACCACGGUAGAAACAACCACACCAGAGGAAACUACUACGGUGGGACCAACUACCACAGGGGAAACAACCACACUCACAACGACCUUUGUAACACCUACGACAGCGGAAACCACAACACUAAUGACAACAACGGAAAGUAGUACUGGUACACCUGAAAUAACCACAUCAGACAUGACAACGACAGUGGAAUCCACCACAUCCUUCACAACACCCAAGUCGACAUUUGCAUCAGGCGAAUCCACAGACUCAUCUGCAACAGUCUUUAGAACAGAAGAUCCUACCCUUACUUCAUCGGAAACAACAACAGAAACAAUCUUUAUAACGCAGGAAUCCACAACUUCAGCAGAAACAACCUUUACAACACGGGAAUCCACAACAUCAACAGAAACAACCUCUAAAUCACUGGCAUUUACAACUUCUACAGAAACAAUCUCUAAAACACCGGAAUCUACAACGACACUGGAAACACCACUGAAACACCGGAAUCCACAACUUCAACAGAAACAACCUUUGAAACACCGGAAUCCACAACUUCAUCAGAAACAACCUUUGAAACUACCGAAUCCACAACUUCAAAAGAAACAACCUUUGAAACACCGGAAAUCCACAACUUCAACAGAAACAACCUUUGAAACACCGGAAUCCACAACUUCAACAGAAACAACCUUUGAAACACCGGAAUCCACAACUUCAACAGAAACAACCUUUGAAACACCGGAAAUCACAACCUCGUCGAUUCCUACCAUUACUGACACGACAGCGACAGUGCCGACUUCAACACCGGUUAUACCUACAGCGACAACACCGACUAAGACAACCUUCGAGAUAAAACCCACCACAAAGCCCAAAGAAGACAUGAUAAUACAGGUGGACGAGCAAUUUGAAGCUAAUGCUGACUGUAAUGAUACCGAGAGCAAUUUCCUCCAAGAAGUCGUCAUUGACAACGAUUUCGACAAGGAUGAUUUUGUUCACGCUCUUCAUAGACUGAAAGCGAGUGAGGAAAGCUUCUGUGUCAUCGAAACGGUUUUCUCGCAAGGCUCUAACAUCUCUGCUAAUUCAUCCUGGUAUUACAUGGAUGAGAACGACCUGAUUUACUUGGAGGAGAAGGAGUACAAUAAUGUGCAUAUUGGCUAUGGUGUAUUGGUGGUCUUACCUUUGAUAAACGUCGAUGGCUCUCUCAUGUUCGUCAUACUAUUCAGGACUUUCACGGCCGAACCCGCAAGUCCUAUCGUUCAAAUUGCACAGAGCUUCCGAUCGCACAGAGAUUGCGGGUGCAUUGGCGAGGACGAGGUCGGUCUGGGCAAUGGAACGUAUGAUGUGACGAGUUCAGUGAUACAACACUUCACCGAAACAUCAAGCUAUAAUAUCAGCGGAAUAGAUAUAGAGACUCUCACAUACUACAUCCAGAUGCUGAUCGCGGUUCCUCCCUUUGAGCGUCAUUUGUCAGAAAUCAUUAUCCAUAGGACUCUUGAGGAAGAAUGUGAAGAUAAUGAAACAACCACCAUAUCACCUACCACAGAGCUUGUUACUUUUGAUACACUGUCAGCAAAACCAUUUUUGUAUGGAGACAUUUUCUAUGUGCACAUUUUCCUACUUCCCAUUUUCAACUAA